AUGCAAAGUGAAAUAUUAUUUCGAGAUUUCCCUCGUUCUAUUGCCCUUCGGCCGAUUCAAUUUGAAUCUGAUGGUAACCCCUACGAAAAAUCAAAUCCUUUAUUAUUAUUAUUUGAUCAAGUAGAACAAGGUUAUAACGAUUCUCCAUUACAAUGCAAUGUAAGACUUUUACGUGAAUCUGUGGCUGAUAUAAUGGACUAUCGGUCACUUGGCUCGAAAGCUGUUUAUGGGUGCCUUGGAUUGCUUCAAGUUGAACGAGCUGUUGUAACAGAGUGCCUUCCUAUUGGAGAAAUUCGUCCGAAUGAGUCCGUUUUUCGAAUUAUCGAUGUAGAAUUUUAUUCGCUUACCAAUAGUACACGGUAUUCUGUUUCAACAUACCCCGGCAAUAGAACAUCAUAUUAUGAUGAUAAUUUGCUCAAUGAUCAAUUGCCACAACAAUCUUACGAGCAUCCAUGUACACAAUUAAGGAAGUUACUAUCAAAUGGUCACUUUUAUUUUUCUUCGGAUUUUGAUUUAACAAAGGCUUUGAACGUUAGGUCAACAAUAUCAUCGACAGAUAAAUAUACUUAUGACGAUCAUUUCCUAUGGAAUAAGUUUAUGAUUAAUGAAUUGUUGAAUUUUAGAUCUAAACUUAAUAAAUUAGAACAAUUAGAAAUGGACAUUUGCGGUUUUUUAGUAUUAGUUAUUCAAGGAUAUGUUGGAAUGCAAGAUACAAUGAUUGGUUCAUCAAGAGCAUCCUUAUCACUCAUAUCUAAAUUAAGUUAUAAACGUGCUGGAACAAGGUUCAAUAUGCGUGGGAUAGACGAUGACGGCAAUGUUGCUAAUUUUGUCGAGACUGAAACAAUAUUGCAACUUCCUGAAACUUGCUUUUCUUAUAUCCAAAUUCGCGGAAGCAUCCCAGUAUUCUGGGAACAGCAGGGAUUACAAGUGAUGAGUCAUAAAAUUCAGAUAUCACGUGGUCCUGCAGCGACGCAACCUGCAGUCGAACGUCAUUUCAAUGAAUUGCAGAGCAGAUAUGGAAAUAUACAUAUCGUAAAUCUUCUUGGUGUUAAAGAGGGUGAAUUUGUAUUGGGCAAAGAAUAUAAAGAUCGUAUCAUAGAUUUAAACGGAAAUGGUUUAGAAAAUCGGGUAUUAUUUACAGAUUUUGAUUUUAAUUCAAUCUGUAAAAAUGGAAAUUAUGAAAAUAUGGCGCAAUUAUUUAGCGUGAUUGGUGAAAGAAUAGAAGACUUUGCGUUUUUUGCUCUGGAUAUGGAAUCAAACCGUCCUAUAUUUUAUCAAAAGGGCUCUGAUAUUGAAAGUCUUCAUUCUCGACAUUCUACUUUAUGGGCGGAAAAUGGAGAUAGUCUAUCGAAAAUUUAUACUGGUACUGGAGCUCUCCGAUCAGAAUACACUCGAAGCGGAAAGGUCACAUGGGCAGGUGUCCUGACUGAUGCUACGAAGACCGUCAACAGAUUUUAUAUCAAUAACUUUCAAGACAAGUCAAAACAAGAAACUAUUGAUUUGCUACUUGGAAAAUUGUUAAACUCCAAAGCAAUCGAGAUCCAUGACCCAGUUAAUGAGUUGAUACGUGAAGAUAUGCUAAAUAGACUAAACGACUAUUCUUCGAAAUCUACGAUAAAUGUAUAUGUCGGUUCAUACAAUUUGAAUGGACACCUACCGUCUGGAGAGUCCCUCUCAUCCUGGUUAUUUGCUUUUAAUGACCACGAACGGGAACCUCAUUUAUUUGUAAUCGGUUUCCAGGAGAUUGUCGAGUUAAAAGCGCAACAGAUUGUUUCAGCUGAUCCAGAAAAAUUGCGCAUUUGGGAGAAAGAAAUAAGUAAAGCCUUAAAUAGUCGUCCUGGCCAGCGUUCCAAUUAUGUAAUAUUGCGGUCUGGACAGUUAGUUGGUACAGCAUUAGUUAUUUACGCGAGAUCCGAUAUUGUAUCCAACAUACGCAAUGUUGAAUAUGUAAUGAAAAAGACAGGUUUAGGUGGCAUGGCUGGAAAUAAAGGUGGCGUCGCUAUUCGCCUUGAUUAUCAUGAUACGAGCAUAUGUUUUGUCACAGCACAUUUGGCGUCUGGACAAUCAAACCUAGAAGAUAGAAAUAAAGAUUACCAUACUAUCAAUGAUGGAUUAAUAUUUCGAAAUGGGCGUCGCCUUUUACAUCAUGAAUAUGUCAUUUUCUUUGGAGAUUUUAACUAUCGCAUAGAUUUAGGAAAUGAUGAGGUUCGAGAGCUCAUAUAUAAAGAAAAUUUUGAAAAACUAUUGGAAUUUGAACAGUUGACAAACCAAAUAAAUUACGGCCACGCAUUUACUGAGUAUAUUGAAGGACCCAUCACUUUUUUUCCUACCUAUAAAUAUGAUAAUGGAAGUGAUGAAUAUGACACUAGCGAGAAAGCCCGAACACCUGCGUGGACAGAAUUUUAUAUCGAGGAAAUAAAGCAGAUCGGAUAUUCUAGGGCAGAAUUAAGGGUUUCUGAUCAUCGACCGGUCAUGUCAUCAUUCGAUAUAGAGGCAAUUAAAUUUGACGAAGCUGCAAAAAAAAAAUUACAAGGGGAGCUUUAUAGUGAGAGACAAAAAAUAAUGUUGGGAAACGGAUCUUUGAUAUCGGAAAAUGGGGAAAAACAAACUAUUCAUGCUGCCAUAAUUAAUGGUGAUAGCGAACUAGAAAAACCAAAUUAUGAUAGAAAGUUUGAUAAUCUAUUUAAUGAUUACGAAGGUGAUAUAGCCAUUACCAAUGAUAGUAAAAUACAAAAAGAAACGGGGCCUGCAGUUGGUAUCCUGAUUAAUGUUGAUGAGAAUAAUAAAGAAGGAUUACCUCCACCAAGUUCAGAAACAUCCCAAUGGUGGACAGAUUAUACAGAUAAGUCAUCCAAUCCAUCUCUGAUAGUUGUAGAUAAGAGUGCCAUAAAUCGGAAGUAUAGAAAUAUUUCCAGCAAUCCUUUUCAUGAAUUGAGUCCACAAUUGACAAGGUCAAUGUCACUGAAGCCAUUGAUACCAUCCAAAUCUUUAAAACCGGUGAUAAGGCAUAGUAUGGGAAACAUUUUGAGAAAAAAUAACUUUACUGAAAAUGAUGAUGAAUUUUUAACAAAAGCACCAAAAUUUG